CAGAGCCCAGCCGGGGCUGGCACGGAGCGCGCUGGGGAUGCUGCUGCCGCUGGCCGGGGCGCGCUGCAAUUAGCCAGCUGGGCACCGGCCUGGCCAGGAGCCGGCUGGGGGAGCCCGGCCCAGGCCGGCCGCUUUGUUGCUGCUGCUGCCGGAUUUUCGGGGUGGAAGGAAAAAUUCAGGAGGGAGCCUCCCCCGAUCAGGAUUGAGAGGCCCCGUCUCCUCCAGGCCCUGCUGGGGACGCCCAUUGACUGCCAGCCCAAGGGGCGUGGGGGGCUGCUGAUGCCCAGAGCCUGCCAUGGCCUGCCUCCACGAUACCCGGACCCCCUCCCCAUCCUUCGCCAGCUUCAACACCAUCCUGACGGAGAGCUCCCUCCGUAAGCUGGACCCCGACACCUCGGACUGCACCCCCGAGAAGGAUCUGACGCCCACGCAGUGUGUGCUGCGUGACGUGGUGCCCAUCGACGGGGGCGGCCACAGCCCCACGCCCAGCGAGGAGACGCGCGACCAGUUCGCCAACAGCGUCCUGCAGCUGCAUGAGAAUGAAGCCGGGGGCGGGGGAGCCGGAGCGGGGGCUGGGAAUCCCGAGGUGCGGCACACUCGGUACCAUGCCGACCAGGUCCGGCUCCACUGCCAGACGGGCAGCGGCUUCCUGGAAGGGCUUUUCGGCUGCCUCAGGCCCGUCUGGAGCAUGAUUGGCAAAGCCUACUCCACCGAGCACAAGCACCAGCAGGAAGACACGUGGGAGGUGCCGUUCGAGGAGAUCCUGGACCUGCAGUGGGUGGGCAGCGGGGCGCAGGGUGCUGUCUUCCUGGGGCGCUUCCACGGCGAGGAGGUGGCAGUGAAGAAGGUGCGAGACCUCAAGGAGACGGACAUCAAACACCUGCGCAAGCUCAAACACCCCAACAUCAUCACCUUCAAGGGUGUCUGCACCCAGGCUCCUUGCUACUGCAUCAUCAUGGAGUUCUGUGCCCAGGGGCAGCUGUAUGAGGUGCUGCGAGCCGGGCGCAAGGUCACCCCCUCCCUACUGGUCGACUGGUCCAUGGGCAUCGCAGGCGGCAUGAACUACCUGCACCUGCACAAGAUCAUCCACCGCGACCUCAAGUCGCCCAACAUGCUGAUCACCUACGAUGAUGUGGUGAAGAUCUCGGACUUCGGCACCUCCAAGGAGCUGAGUGACAAGAGCACCAAGAUGUCCUUCGCCGGCACUGUGGCCUGGAUGGCCCCCGAGGUCAUUCGCAACGAGCCUGUCUCUGAGAAGGUCGACAUCUGGUCCUUCGGGGUGGUGCUGUGGGAGCUGCUGACAGGCGAGAUCCCCUACAAGGACGUGGACUCCUCGGCCAUCAUCUGGGGCGUGGGCAGCAACAGCCUGCACCUGCCCGUGCCCUCCGGCUGCCCCGAUGGCUUCAAGAUCCUACUGCGCCAGUGCUGGAACAGCAAACCCCGCAACCGGCCAUCCUUCCGCCAGAUCCUGCUGCACCUGGACAUCGCCUCAGCCGACGUGCUCUCCACGCCCCAGGAGACCUACUUCAAAUCCCAGGCCGAGUGGCGCGAGGAGGUGAAGCUGCACUUUGAGAAGAUCAAGUCGGAGGGGACGUGUCUGCACCGGCUGGAGGAGGAGCUGAUCAACCGGCGCCGUGAUGAACUCCGGCAUGCGCUGGACAUCCGGGAGCACUACGAGCGCAAGCUGGAGCGAGCCAACAACCUGUACAUGGAGCUCAACUCGCUCAUGCUGCAGCUGGAGCUGAAGGAGAAGGAGCUGCUCAGGCGGGAGCAGGCGCUGGAGAAGAAGUACCCAGGGCUGUUCAAGCCACAUGCAUCGCGCAGUCUCCUGCACGGCAACACGGUGGAGAAGCUCAUCAAGAAGAGGAACGUGCCCCAGAAGCUGUCGCCUCACAGCAAGCGGCCGGACAUCCUGAAGACGGAGGUGAUCCUGCCUAAACUGGACUCGGCCAUUGCCCAGGUGUCGAUACCCGCGUGCCAGAAGGGCCCCACCUCACCGGGCCGGAGCCGCCGGGCCAAGCCACGCUACCGCAAAGCCAGCACCAAGGGCAGCUGCGGGGAGCUGACAGGGCCCCGGGCCCCGGAACUGGCAGAUGUGGGGCAGCGGCUGGACACCUGUGUCGCCCUGCGGGGGCUGCAGCACGACUUGCUACGUCGGAUGUCCUCGUCCAGCCCCGACCUCAUCAACACCACCCUGGAGGCCGAGGCCAAGAAAGAGGGGGCCCCUGCCGGGCCCGAGUCACCCCCGGCCGAGCAGCCCCGCAGCGAGACCCCCAGCGAGGACACGGCCUCUGUGCCCUUCUCCAGCAGCCCCGACUCGCCCUCCUCCAAGCAGGGGGCCGGGGCUGGCGGACAAGAGCCACCGGUUGUUGGGCCUAGCCCAGAGGCUACAGCCGGGCGAGGAGCCUGUGGGGUGCCCCAGCAGCAUCUGACACCCGCAGCACUUCUCUACCGAGCGGCCGUGACCCGAAGCCAGAAGCGAGGGGUCUCGUCCGAGGAGGAGGAGGGAGAAGUGGAUAGCGAGGUGGAGCUGCCACUGAGGCAGAGAUGGCCCCAGGGGCUGAGCAAGCGCCAGUCGCUGUCCACCUUCAGCUCGGAGAACUUCUCGGACGGGGACGGAGAGGAGGGGAACACGAGCGACGCGUCACCCAGCGGCACCAACACGGGGGAGCGCUCCGACGACAUGCUCUCGCAGAGCUCCGAGAUCCCGCUCGACGCCCUGGCCCACUCCGACGGCCUGUCCGAGAAGGAGGCUGCUGUCCAGCAAGUCAAGAGCCAGCUCAGCGCUGAGCAGAACACCGCUGAGAACCCCUCCGUGAAGGAGGACUCAGACUGUGACAGCACCAAACUGGACCACUCGGGCAGUGGAGACACACACAGACAGCCGGCCGCCCCCAGCUCGUGAUGGCCCGGCCCACCCCCCCCCCACGAGGUUGUACAGACCCCCAGAUAUUUAUAUAAAUAAUCUAUAAAUCUCUAUAUAAAGCUAUAUAAUGUAUAAUCUACCCAGAGGCAGCGCCGGAGCCAGCCGGAGCGGCCCAUGCACUGAAUUCACCUCGGUCUUGAUGGACAGACUGAGGGUGGAGUUGGGGGGACAAAUCUCUCGGGUGCUUGGGGGUUAGCCUUGUACAGCUGGAGACCAAGAAAUGCCCCAUGGUGUCGGACUCCUGGCCAGAAGGGCCCCACGGCACUCGCACCAGCUCAGAGCAGAACUGGCCCAUGACCGGCAGUGUCUGGGAAAAGGACCGUGAUGCACUGGGGCAGCAGCUGGGAUGCAGGGAAGAUAAUCCCCCCUAAACGAUCUGCAAAGCUCAACCCAAGAGUGGAGAGAUGUGGUGCUAUCCCGGCGCUGAUCCUGUUGGCGGGCUGGGUCUGGCCGUGAGUGCGACAGGAGCUGGAGAGGAUGGGCAGGCAGCGUGGUGCCCUGCGGGCGGAGGUGUGCGGGUUGCUACAUCGCAGAGAUCGCGUGGAAGCUCCUUCGAGAACAGUCAAAGCCCAGCGGAGCAACCAACCACCCCCAACAUCUGCCCAGGGCAGCAACGCACCAGGCUGGGGCAGAAUCUUGAGCCGACCUGCCCUCGGCAGAACCGCAAUCCCAGCCACCCCUGGCUCCUGCUCCCAGGCAGACCCUAGAUCCAAACCUCCUGCUCCACGCCAGCCACCCCCUUCCCCAGCUCAGCACCAAGCAAGUCUGCCCCCACCCCAGGCUGCAGUGGUGCUGCCGGCUUUCCGGCCAAGGGAGGAUGGGGUGGCUGCGCUGCCUCCUGCUGGUACCCACAUGCACUGCACUUUUUGUUGGUGUUAAUUUAUUUUAAACAAAUGUUUACAUUUGCACUUGUGUCCUGGUUGGAACGGGGGGGGGGCGUGGAGCUUGGGGGUGGGACUUAAAGGGUGGGCUCUGUGGGGCUGCUGAUGCCUCUGAGCCCCUGUUGUGUUGGGGGGGCAGCCCCUCUUCCCCCAUUUAUGUAGAUGCAUCCCUCCCACUGGGCUGUUUCUCAGGUGAAAGUUCCCCCACCCCAGCAUCCCUUUCCUCCUGGGACUGUUUGUCCUCGCUGCUGAGUGUUUGGGCCCCUUGGGUGGCCCCCGCAGUGCGGCUGUGGGGAGCAAUGAGGCUGGCUAGGUAGGGGCAAGCCCAGCAUCUGAUUGGUGUGGGCUGGCCCCCCCCAAAACCCCAGUGCUCCAUGCGAAUGACCAGAGCCGGGUUUGUGCGUGAUCAGCAUCCAAACAGCUCAAUGGGCUACCCGCUGUCAUGCUGGCAGAGACGGUUGGCCCUGUCAGAAACCCAGCUGCAGAUCCCAAGUCCCUGUGCCUCCCCCCAGCCAGAGGGAGUCCUUCCAUGGCCCUGGGGGGAAGGGUGCACUGUCCCCGCCCCCAACCUGGGGCAGAGCGCUGGCAAUCCAUGGUAGCAGGAAAUGGGAGUGAGGUUUCUUAUAGCUCCUGCCCACCAGCCCUGAGCUUCCUGCCUGUUUGUUAGCCUUGCUUGAUGGGGCAUGUUUCAGCGGGCACCUCCUGGGGUUUCUCAUAAUAGCAUUACAUAGGGAAACCAAUGGGGAGAGCCCCACACACCAUCAGUCAAAGCUCCCAGGUUCCCUGGGGAGCCCCUGGCUGGCCUAGGGUCCCAGCAAGGGGGCAGGUGGUGGGGUGGGCUAACUGACCCCCAAUCCCAUGUAGCACAUACACCAGCACUGGACUAACCUGCCCCACCCAUGCCUGCUCCCUGGCCAGCACAGAUGCCGCUCAGAUUGCGCCAGGCCAUGCGCUGUGGGUUGGGCUCCCCUGGUGCCCAGGCUCCAGGGGUAUUUUUCUAGCAGGGUGCUGCAGGGCCGAGUUCCCUGGCUGGUCAGGUUUGUGGCUAAGGCGGUGGCAGCCUGUAGGCAACCAGCCAUGGCUUCUCCCCGCAGGCAGGCCCAGUUGGCUAGCACAUGGAGUUUUGCUGCAGCAUGUUGCUUUCUAGCCCCAGGGAAGCUUCCCCUCCCCACCAAAAAAAUCCAUACGUGGCCCCUCUUGGACCCCAAAACAUAGGGUAGGCCCGUUGCCUCUCUUGUCUGCCCCUUGUGAGGGAAAGGAGCAUGUUUUGUGCUGGUCAUGGACCUGCCCCCCCAACUUCCCUGCCUCAGCAAGCUCACAUGCUAAUAAAGAGGCAGUUAAUCCCAGUGGUUAGAUCCCUUGCCUGGGACCCUGGAGGCCUUCUCUAGCUCAGCCACAGGCCUGCUACUGGAUGACCUCAGGCAAAUUGUUUCCCUUCCCCUGACUCAGUUUCCCCAUCUGUACAACGAGGCUCAUGAUAUGACCCUGCUUUGCAAAGACAAUAGCUGGGUAUUAACCCAACAAGGGGGCAGGAUGGGAAACAGCAGCCCAGCGAGGGGCCUUGCCCUGAAAACAUCACCCAACAGGUCAAGUGGUAGACUCAGGAGCAGCUUCUGGAGGCUGAUAGUGCUUAAGUAGCCCAUGCUGCCUCUCGGUUGUUUGUAGCAAUUCCUUUGGGGCCAGGCAGACCCCUGGGCGCCAGCAACCAAGACUCCCCAGAAGCCUGAGGGGCCAGGGGAGAAAUAGACCAUGGCCAAGAGGUAGCUCUGAGUGAAAUUUUUUGACCCAAACUCUUUUGGGGGGAUGGGACUGAAAAAAGCAGAUUCGGUGACACCCCCGCAGUUUGCCAAUUUAUGUUGGUGUCACCAACUUUGGUUCCCGCUUCAAAAAAAAAAAAAUCCAGAAAAUAAAACAGAACAUUUUGAUUUUUUUGUUUCAAAAUGACAUGUUGGUCCCAAAUCCUACCCCUGUCUAGCCCAGCCCCAGCAUGGUGCUUAUCCCUUUGGGUUCUCCCCAGGGGCCUGCUGCUGCUCCCCCCCAUACUUCAAAACAUCUGUUUCUGGCUCCUGUGCAUGCAUCAUGCUGCAGGACUGCAGCUGAGGGGUAGGACUGAGAGCCCUGCUGUACCUGGCCUAAAGGUGGUCAUCUGUCCAGUGGUUCUGCCCUGCCAGCAGAGGGAGCUGGGAAGGAAAAGGCUGGAGCCAGACUUGCUGACCCCACUCCUACAGGCACUUGCCUAUUCGCCAUGUGCCAAGAGGAUGGAGUGCUCCAUGGUCCAGCCCCAGGCAGCAUGGGCCGUGGGGUGGGUGGAGAGAGGAAGCCCCGUUCCUGCCAGCAGUGGGAAAGGACGGAACAGCAGGUGCACAUCACUGUCCUGGGCUCUCCAGAGCCAGGCAAUGGCCAGGCCUGGGCCACAGCCCGCAGAAGUCUUCCAGGUAGCCUGGGUACUAAGCAAACUCUGUCAGGCAAGAGCUAAGCUUUGCCAGGCGACAGCAGCACAUGGCUGUGCUCCUGGAGGACAGAAGGGUGGCAAGAACUGCACCCAGGCUGUUCCAGGCAUUGCCUCCAACAGCUGCAGCCAGGAGGUGGCCACUGGGGGACAGGCAGCCAGACCUGUAACCCAGUUACCACAUAGCUUGCUGUGCGCAAAGCUCUGUGUACAGCAGCUUUCUCGCAAGGGCAGUUUUCUAGCACUUGCAGGGGGGAGGGAGACAGGGGCACACAGAGCAGCUCCAGGAGGGAUACCACUUGGUGGAUUUUGAGAAAAUCCAGCUCUAUUUGAGAAGGUGUUGAAAGCUGCACCCUGCUAGUCCUAGUACAUUAGACCCCUGAGCACUGCAUGGGGAAGAUCUGAUGAGCCUGAAACCAACUGGACAUUUUAGUCUAUAGCCUCUUGCCUGCAGCUGUCAGAUGCAGCCCUCACCUAGACUUUGCUCCACAAAUCGCCAUUCAGGGCUGUGUCCCAGAGAGUUAAGUUCUUCCCUCCAGCCCACUGUCCUUAACACAAAUCUCUUCCUCCCCCCUGCCCCCAUUUCCCAGGGGAUGGGGAGGGGAGACAGCCAUGGGGAGCUCCCACCCUACCCCACUUUGAUCAUUCUUCCUGUGGAAGGCAAGUUCUCACUCCCUCAGGCGAAGCCAUACCUCGACCAGUUGGGAUACCUGUUCUCUACACCUCUGUGACAUACAUCAGUGUAAGAUAGCUCCUGGAUGUAGUCUGUCUGUACGGUUCUACCACUGCUAGAUGAGUAAUGACACCGAUUUCAAUUAAAGACCAU